GAUGCGCGAAGAACGAAAAUUGGUCUUUUCGUAGUUAUGGACUCUGGUGAACUGCGGUAUAUAUAUAUAUAUAUAUUUAAAUAUGUGCCAUACGUAACUACAUAACCUCUUUGUUAAACAUGUGUUAUACGUAUAAGAAAUGGCUGGAAUAUGUAAUUACAUACAAGUAAAACAUUGUAAUAAAGCAGUCAGGUUGUUUAGCACAAAAGUAUCUUCUAACCUAAAAGCUCCUACGCAAGCUGACCUAAUUGGACCGCCUGACCCAGUUUCGAAUUUAAGACCCAUAAUAUUUGCAAGAUCUAAAAAUGAAAGUAACUUAGAGAAGAAAUACAGGGAAGCCAGAGAAGAUACGCAGCUUUGGAAUGAACAUUUCUGGAAAAAGCAUAAUACGAGUUUUAUACAGGAAAGGAAACAAUUUCAAAAAGACCUGAAGGCACAAGGAAAAGAGUCAAUUACUGCAGAUGACAUGUCAGUAUUUUAUAAAGAAUUUUUAGACAAAAAUUGGCAAACUCAUUUAAACUAUAAUAUUGCAUGGUAUAAAAGGAACCUUAAAUUAUUAUUUCUUGAAAUAAGGGUACGACUUACUAAAUUAAAAUUUAAGUAAUAUAUAUAGAAGUGUUCAAUAAAUAUAUGGUUUAAUUACAUUAUUCGCAAAGAAAAUAUUAUUGGUAAAUUGUAUGUAUUUACAAUGUAAAUGCAUAUUUGUUGAUGUAGAUUCAUCAACUUUGAAAUUUAUGAACACACUUUAUAACACACAUUAGGAAUAAACAUUAUAACUUAAUUUUAUGAUGUACAGAUUACGUAAUAUAACCAUUAACAUUUUUAAGAGAUCUUCCAUUAUAUUGACAUAUUUGAUUUUUUAAACAUCCUAUUUCUUGUUCUUUUUUGUUAACAAUAGAUACCAUGUAUCUAUACUGCUGCCUUUCAUAAACAAGUUUUGUCUGAUAUUGUUUAAUAGACUGAUGUAAUUUUUGAUAUGCAAGUUUUGCAACUGUUAAUGCCCUCUGUUUUUCUUUCUUCAAGUAAUCUAUUUCGUCUAUAAAUUUUCUACAUUGUUCACAUUGUGAUAGAUACGCAUUAUUUAAUUCGGUAUCGGUUUUAUCCAGCGUUAAUUGCAACGAUUUGUUUCUCUGUUUUUCUUUAUGCAAUUCAUCUUUGAGUUGAUCAAAUUCACAAGCAACUUGCUGUGCCAUUUCUUCACUGUCAUGCAAUAACUAAUAAUAAAAACUCAUUAAUUAGAUGGUUCAAUUCAGGCUUACUACAUACAAUACCUUUUUUUGUUUUGAUAUGGUUUUGUUUUGUUCUUCAACGAUCUUUUCUUUUAUUCUUAAUUCAGAAGAAUGAUUUUCUGUAAGAGUUUCUAGUUCUUGUUUAAGGCAAUCACAAGCUUUUCUCUCUUCGCACAAACCGUACUUCAGAUCCUCUAUUUUUUCUUCCAAUUCUUUACAAACGCAAUUACUUGAUUCCAACAUCUGUUUUACUUCUAACAGCGCACUGUUCUGUGGAUAAAUUAUGAAGAAAUACGAGGCUGUAAUUAAGUUCCUUUCAUUUAUUGCUUACCUUUUCAAGUAGUUCUUUAUCCCUCUCUUGCAAUGUAUGUUGUUGAUUAUUACAUAUACCAGUUACUUCACAUAUCCUUCUCUUCUGUAUCUUAAUUACAUUUGUAAGUUCCAUAAUCAUGUCCAUGAAUUCUGUUCUUUCUGUAUUCACAGCAUCUUCUUUCUCUUUUGCUGCUUGUUUCAUUCGAUUUACUUCCCUCUCAACCUCUUCACACCUUAUAUGAAGUGAUCCUUCAAUUAUACUUCAAAGAAAUAAGGGUAUAUAUAUAUAUAUAUAUUUAUUGAAAGACUAAACGAAAUUACCGUCUAGUUUCUUCCUCUGAGUAAGAUUGUAACUUGUUCUUUAAAUGAUCACGUUCUUGGGACAAGGCGGUAUUUGCAUGCGCAACUUCAAUUAUCUGUUGCUGAAGUGGCAUUUAUUCUCAUAUUAAUGAACAUAAUUUUUAUCUUGUGUGCAGCAUCGAGCACAGUAGACUUCCCGAGGAGGGCUACUAUACUCAGUGCUGUACAUACUUGUAAUCUCGAGAUUUCAUUCAGUAACUGUUCUUCUGUAUUUCUAACUAAAUCUGUCUCAGCUUUUGAUUCUUUGACUGCAACUUCAAUUUCUUGGUCUGUUGUUUCUACUGCAUUUCUUAAACAAGCUGCCCUUUGUUCUUCUUUCAAGCAUUUCAAGUUACAGGUCAAAGAUUUUAAUUUUUUCUCUAAUUGUACGGUACGUCUUCUUUCAUCUAAGAGCUCCUAUGAAUUACAAAUUAUAUGAGUUUCAAUAGAGUCUACAAACAGGAAUUUCUGUUUAGUAAAACCUUUUGAAUUCUUUCAAAAGAAUUUAUGUCUCUGUAAAUAUCUUCAGGAUUGUAAUAGAAUUCCUUUAAUCCAUUAUUUUCUUCGAUAAAAUUUCUAUCCACUUCAGUUUGAGCUGUUUCUUUACUUGGUGCCUCAAGUUGCAUAAUACUUCCAUUUGAAUUAUUUGUACUUGCUUCAGUAUGCGAAUUAUCUUUGGUAGGAAUGGUUUGUUCAUUUUUCUCUUCAUAUGUAUCAACUACUUUAUCGGUAACAGAUGUUUUAAACGAUUGUGAGUUUAAACUUAUUUGAUUAGAUUUAUGUGAUUUCUCUGGCACUUGUAAAUGGUCCUGACUAAUUGUAUUAUUUUUAGUAUUAACAGUUGAACCUUUGGAUACUUGUAUAUCAUCUUUUAAAUCUGUUUGAACU